CAGAGAGUCCACGACGGUCCCCGCGGCUCCGGGGGAAGAGAAGACGGCUCUUGGCAUGGGGCGGAGUUCCGGCUACGGCGAGCGUUGGGGCGAGCCGGGAAGUGGGAAUCGUUAGGUUCGUUCUGGACCUGCCGCCCCAUGGCCCAGGCGGCUCGCUCCGGUGGCCUUCUGCCUCCGCUCGCUACCGCUUCCCCGCUGUGGGCGCAACCCGGGGGCGCUGGGGAGGAGCCGCGGGACGGAAGGCGGGCGGGCGUUCUUCGCGGGGAGGCUGGUGGCUGGCCAAGGCUACCGGUUGCCAGGAGCAUCCCCUGUCUGCACCCGCGGACCGGCGGAGCUCCAGGAGGGCAGCCAUGGUUGCUGGAGGACGCAGGCGAGGACCACGAGGCUGAUGCUGCUGACUGGAGAGGAGAGCCCGUAGCGGGCAGCCCGAUCCCUCCCGUGCUAAGGCGUCUCCGGGCUGUGUUGCUGCGGCUGCACCAAGAGCGAGAGCAGCUCCUCCGAGCCCGGGACUGCGCCCGCCUCCUGCAGAUGGCCGUGCGCCUCCUGAAGACCCCGAGUCCCGGCUCAGCGUCCUGCGACCCUAGCUCUUUGCUCCAGCUGUGCGGCGACCUGCAUCUUCACCUUCCCGGAGGGGCAGUCCUGCGAAUCGGCUUUCGGGAGACUCUGGAGUCGCUACUCCUGGCGCGCCCCAUUGGACUAGCUGCCCAGAGCCUGGAUGCUGCCAUCGAGAUGCAGCUUCGCGCUCUGGGACGGGCGCCCGCCAGCCCACGCCUGUCGUCCCAACUCGCCGAGCUGCUGCUGGCACUUCCCGCCUACCACGGGCUGCAGGGAAAAGCCAUGAGCCACGUCCCAGGGGCUGCGCGUCCUUUCCCCCUUGCCCGUGUGCUCCGCCUCUUGACAGGGGAGCGGGGUUGCCAGGUGGCAAGUCGGCUGGAUGAGGCGUUGGGGAGAUCGGGAUUGCGUGACCAGCUCCGCAUGUGGUGCCAUGAGGAGCGGGAGCUGCUACCAGGGCUGCUGGGCUUGGUGGGGGAAGUGGUUGGUUCAGCCAGCAGUAGCCUGGGGCUUGGAGGGGCCGGAGCCCUGUGGAGCCAAUAUUGGACCCUGCUGUGGGGAGCUUGCGCUCAGAGUCUGGACCUAAAUCUGGGACCCUGGAGGGACCUCAGGGCAGCAGCACAACAACUGAGUCAGGCACUGAGUCAGGCAUCCCUGCCUCAGGAGUGUGAGAAGGAGCUGACUUAUUUGUGUCACAGUCUACUUCAUCAGUCUCUUAUCUGGAGCUGGGACCAAGGUUUCUGCCAGGCCUUGGGAUCAGCUCUUGGGGAUCAGAGCAGCCUUCCCUCAUCCUCGUGUACUGCAGAACUUUUGCAACAGCUCUUUCCUCCUCUCUUGGAUGCCCUUCGAGAGCCCAGGCCCGGACUGAUUGUCUGUCGGUCUCCAGGUCCUGCACCCAUCGCCCUGGGACUCUGUACUCUGCAGACUACCUUGCUCUGGUUGUCGGGCAGAGCUCAGCAGUACCUGGCAACAUGGGCCCCAGGUUCCUUUCUGCUCCUGAUCCAAAAGGACUUACCUCUUCUACUGGAUGAGGCAGAAGCUCUGUCUAGCCUGGCCUCAGAGGAAAGCUCAGCUCUGGAGGUGGAGCAGCAGCUGGGCCUGGAGAUCCAGAAGCUGACUGAACAGAUCCAGCUUCUCCCAGAAAAGUCACUAAGUCUCUUUUCUCAAGAAUGCCACAAACAAGCCAUACAUGGUUUCAAGAUCCACAUGCCACGGGGUCGGUACUGGCGGCUUCGUCUCUGUCCUGAACUUCCCCGUGUUCCUAGUGAGUAUGCUGGAUUAGUAGUCCGCACCAUACUGGAGCCUGUGUUGCAGGGAUUGCAGGGAUUGCCACCUGAAGCCCAGGCUCCUGCCCUCAGUCAGGCUCUGACAGCCAUCCUAGGUGCCUGGCUUGACCACAUCCUCACCCAUGGGAUCCGGUUCAGCCUGCAGGGGGCACUACAGCUCAGACGAGACUUUGGAGUGGUCAGGGAGUUACUGGAAGAAGAGCAGUGGGGCCUGUCCCCAGAUCUUCGCCAGACUCUGCUUAUGCUCAGCAUCUUCCAGCAAUUGGAUGGGGCCCUGCUGUGCCUGUUGCAGCAGCCCCUGCCCAAGUCUCAAGUCCACAGGAGGCCCCCCUGUUGCUGUGCUUGUAAUGAGAUCCAGACCACAGAAUUUCCCAGCAGCAGCCUCAACAGCCUGGAGAACUUGGAGACACCCCUCCAGCCUGGAACAUCCCCAGCCCAGACAGCUCAGCUGCUAAGCACACUGAGGGGAGGAGGACCUAGCCCUGAAGUUUACCUGGUGGGAAAUCAGCAGGCAUGGCUUGCCCUGAGGCAGCAUCAGCGCCCCAGCUGGCACCUGCCUUUUCUUUCCUGCUUGGGGACCAGUCCUGAAUCUUAAGGAGCCUGGGACCAGGAGCCAGAAAGUCAGAACUCCCCCUCUAGCUGGAAAAGUCAGACAUUUAGAACUGCAUAUUAAAGAAUCCUAGAAUUGGGAGCUUGAAAGAAAGCAAACCUGAGAACCACAAGUGACACAAAGCCUGGACUUAAAGCUACGAAUCCCAGAUCUCAGCACCUAGAAUCCAAAGUAAAGAGCAAAACCACAGCCUGGAAGCUGAAGGUCAGCAUCCUUGGGAGGCUCAGCCCCAUCAGUGAAGGCAUCUAAGGGCUGGAAGUGGGAGAAGGGCUAGAGAGUUAGAUCUCAGGGGAUAGGGAAAGGGAAAAGCAAUAGAGAGCAGAGAGGCCAGAUGCCACUUUCAUUAAGUCCCAGGAGCCAGGCUAAAAAGAGUUAAUUAAGCAACAGUUAAAUCAUAAGGUGGAAUAGACUUUUCUACCUCUGAAUCAGUCCCAAGGGCUGUAUUACCCUGUACUUCCCACCCCAUUACUGUUUUUAGUCAUUUGAGAAUAUUGGGCUGUAAGGACCUUCAGUUUAAGCUUUGGUUACUCAGUGUUCGACAUGCUUACACUUCAGUUACCUGAAUGGGGUUUACCUCCUGGUAGGCGGAUAAUCCCUGUUGUGGGUAGUGCUCUCUCCUUGGAAGGGGCCAGGACUUAAGAUAACGUUAAUCUAGAUGGGGCACAGCAAGAUAGGGAAGGGAAGAGGCUGCAAAAACCGGAUAUAUUUUUGUGCAAAGGGGUUUUUGUACUAUUUAUUUAUGGUCUUAACCGUGGUAUAAGAGGACU